UCCGGGCCCAACUGCCUUUCUACACUCUAGAGUGUUUCAAACCUAAGCUAGACAUUGAUAGAACCUUGUCGGUGGGUCUUUUUCGUUCACAUCAAGAUAUUUCCGUUGCAUAGUAGCCGCAAACAGCUUCCGUUUCCGGUUGGCCUAUUGCCUUGGAAACAAGAAUGCAAAACAAUCUAGGUGAGUAUGGCAGGGCUGAGCAGCUCGCAGAUCCCCGACGGUGAGUUCACGGCGGUGGUGUACAGGCUCAUCCGCGACUCCCGCUACUCCGAGGCGGCCCAGCUGCUGGGCGCAGAGCUGCAGAGGAGCCCCCGCAGCCGCGCCGGGCUGUCGCUGCUGGCCUACUGCUACUACCGCCUGCAGGAGUUCGAGCUCGCUGCAGAGUGCUAUGAGCAGCUGAGCCAGAUGCACCCCGAGCUCGAGCAGUACCGCCUGUACCAGGCCCAGGCGCUCUACAAGGCCUGCCUGUAUCCGGAGGCCACCCGGGUCGCCUUCCUCCUGGACAACCCGACCUAUCAGACUCGCGUCCUUCGCCUACAGGCAGCUAUCAAGUACAGCGAGGGAGACCUGCCGGGAGCCAGGAGCCUGGUGGAGCAGCUGCUGAGUGGGGAAGGUGUGGAAGACAGUGGAGGGGAGAAUGAUUAUGAUGGUCAGAUCAACCUGGGUUGUCUGCUCUACAAGGAGGGACACUAUGAAGCUGCCUGUGCCAAGUUCUUAGCGGCCCUACAGGCUUCUGGCUACCAGCCUGACCUUUCCUACAACUUGGCUUUGGCCUAUUACAGUAGUCGGCAGUAUGCCCCUGCUCUGAAAUAUAUCGCUGACAUCAUUGAGCGAGGCAUCCGUCAACACCCAGAACUAGGUGUGGGCAUGACCACCGAAGGCAUUGAUGUUCGCAGUGUUGGCAACACUGUGGUCCUCCACCAGACUGCUCUGGUCGAAGCCUUCAACCUCAAGGCAGCCAUAGAGUACCAGCUCAGAAACUAUGAGGCAGCCCAGGAAGCCCUCACUGACAUGCCACCCAGGGCAGAGGAAGAGUUGGACCCCGUGACCCUGCACAACCAGGCCCUGAUGAACAUGGAUGCCAGGCCUACAGAGGGGUUUGAAAAGCUCCAGUUUCUGCUCCAGCAGAACCCCUUCCCCCCAGAGACCUUUGGCAACCUGCUGCUGCUGUACUGCAAAUAUGAGUAUUUUGACCUGGCCGCUGAUGUCCUAGCAGAAAAUGCCCACUUGACCUACAAGUUCCUCACACCCUACCUCUAUGACUUCUUGGAUGCCAUGAUCACUUGCCAGACAGCUCCUGAAGAGGCUUUUGUUAAACUAGAUGGGCUAGCUGGCAUGCUGACUGAGCAGCUCCGGAGACUUACCAUACAAGUACAGGAUGCAAGACAUAACAGAGAUGAUGAAUCUGCCAAAAAGGCUGUAAACGAAUAUGAUGAAACUCUUGAGAAGUAUAUCCCUGUCCUGAUGGCCCAGGCGAAAAUCUACUGGAAUCUUGAAAAUUAUCCAAUGGUGGAGAAGAUCUUCCGCAAAUCUGUGGAAUUCUGCAAUGACCACGAUGUGUGGAAGCUGAAUGUGGCCCAUGUUCUCUUCAUGCAGGAAAACAAAUACAAAGAGGCCAUUGGCUUCUAUGAGCCCAUUGUCAAGAAGAAUUACGAUAACAUCCUGAGUGUCAGCGCCAUUGUGCUAGCCAACCUCUGUGUUUCCUAUAUUAUGACAAGUCAGAAUGAGGAGGCUGAGGAGCUGAUGAGGAAGAUUGAAAAGGAGGAAGAACAGCUGUCCUAUGAUGACCCAGACAAGAAAAUCUACCACCUUUGCAUUGUGAAUUUGGUGAUUGGAACCCUUUACUGUGCCAAAGGCAACUAUGACUUUGGCAUCUCUCGGGUCAUCAAAAGCCUGGAGCCUUACCAUAAAAAGCUAGGAACUGAUACGUGGUAUUAUGCCAAAAGAUGCUUCCUGUCCUUACUAGAAAACAUGUCAAAGCAUACAAUCAUGCUGAGGGACAGUGUUAUUCAAGAAUGUGUCCAGUUCCUAGAGCAAUGCGAACUUUAUGGCAGGAACAUCCCUGCUGUUCUAGAGCAGCCCUUGGAGGAGGAGAGAAUGCACACUGGGAAGAACACGGUCACGUAUGAGUCGAGAAAAUUAAGGGCCCUGAUCUAUGAGAUCAUUGGAUGGAAUAUGUAAUUGUGGCUGGCAAUGACAUUUAUCAUGGUGACUGUAUGUGUAAAUUUUCAGGUGUCCUCUAGCUUUUGCUACUUGUAUUUACUACUUGUGAGACUUUGUACACUUUAGUAUAAAAAAAAAAAGAACUAUUAGAUAUAACCUGCACUUUUAGAUUACCUGUCAAAUGAGAUUUCAUAAGAACUUAGGCUCCAGAAGGUACUGUGAAAAUUUCAAAACCGAGAACGAUAUGUCUAUCAUGUUUUCUCCAUCUCCUUGGUUUUGCUGUAUCUUGGGCAGCCUUUGUACUUACAUUAUUCAGGGACCAGACACUAAGUUCAGAACUUAGUAGUUCAUAUGUCUUUUAGUAAUCACUCCAAGGAUUAUUUCCUUUUUGCACAACUCCCUAGAGUUUAUUUAUAUAUAUAUAUAUAUAUAUAUAUAUACACAUAUAUAAAGAAUUUAGAAUAUUUGAGUUUUCCAAUAUGUUUUGUCCAGAUUAAAUUAGGUAAUAAAUGGUUUUGCUAGUGUUCAAGAUUGAGUAGAUUCACUUAGCAAGCUACAACACUAAUAAAUACUACAAAUAAAUCAUGAU